AUGGACGCGGAAAAUCAAUUGAUUCUAGAGUACCCGGCACAUUUGCAGAAAUAUCAUAAUAAUAAGUAUACUUUAUAUGAGUUGAGAGAGAACCACACCUUUGAAAUGGACAGUCAGCACGAAGUGUUGGCUAUGUAUGUGAUUCUGUACAGAGAGGGACCAAACAUGAUGUAUUGCUGGACUGACAGACAAUUACCAGACAAUUACUGGACUGAUUGCUUCAAUUCAGGCAAAUAUACGCUAAUUAAUUGCCCGCCGGUUAGCAACAUGAGUGGUGUUUGCGGGGGUCAUUGUGGGCGCAAUGUUAGGUACAUGCAUGGCACUGACCUGUCGCAAAAAAUCAAGUGA